UGCUAUGCUCCCCUCUGUGGCUUUAGCCGUUGUCUACCGCUCGCGGUCGUCGGACGCUGUGUCGGGUUGUUCGGCGAUUGUAGCUGCCGUCGCUCUUUUCUGCUUCUUAAAUCCCCGCUUGUCUGUCAUCUCAGCUUACCUCACCGUCUAACAUCACAAUGCAUAUCCCAACAGCGUUUGUAUUCUUGAGCGUAAUCGCUGCUCAAGCUUUUGCGAUUCCAUGGCCUGGAAACACCAAGCGCGGGCAGGGCUCUUCAUCCGCUGUGUGGAACGCUGCCGCCUCGCAGUCUCCUAGUGGUCUCGACAACUUUUGCAGCUCGUACAUCUUGUCUACGAAGACUGUGACUACUACUAUCACUCCUACGGUUGCGCAAUUGGGUGCUGGAAAUGCUGCGAUUGCCGUUACCUCCACUUCGACUGCUCUCGCUACCACCACAGCUGUGCAGUACGUCACUACGACGGAAACCGACGUCGUUAUUGUCAAUGAGACAUCGACCUACAUUGUUCCUGUUGAGCAGACCGCUUCGGAGUACACUACCGUCACGGCUACCUCUGUCAUCCCCACUACUACCACCGCCGUCAGCGUUGAAUCAGAUGUCUUGACCGAUGUUUCCGUCUCCACGGACGUCGUCAGCAGCACGACUACCACUACUCUUCCUGUCUCGGUAACUAGGUUCAGCACUGUCCUCACCAUCACCACCGCUUACGCCUCGACUACCACCAAGCUUCAGAACCAGAAGCGGGGUAAGGGCUCGUGCGAUCUCUUCUGCACCUUGACCGACUACAGUGAGCCUUGGGUCUCAGCUCAGUGCAGCGGCUGGUUGUUGCGUCCCAAGACCGUCACCGUCACUAAGACCGCCAGUGUCUCCGCCCGCUCCGUCGCUUCGUCUGGUCCCUUGACAGUCAACGCCCUUGCCGUCUCAACCGUCACCGAGAACGUCACUUCUACGGUUUACGUGACUACCUAUCAAACCACAACCUCCACCACCUCAAUCCCUACCUCCUCCCUCUACACCGACGCAACCGUCACCGAAACCAGCACCGCCACCAUCAACACAACCACCACCGUCACCGAAUCACUCACCUCGACCACAGUCUCCUACACCACCUCCAUUCUCCCCACCACCUCCACCUCCGUCGCCUCGACUCAGACUCUGACAUCCUACUCCACCACAACCGCAACAGUGACCUCCACCAUCAUCUCCACCUCCGUCUCAACCCUCGUUCAAAUCGCCCAACCAACUGGCCAAUGUUACUCCGACGCGUCCUCCCGAACCCUCCAAUACCACCUCGGCGCAAACAACAAAUACGUUCCCUCGACCUGCAAGUCACUCUGUAUCCAAGCUGGCUACAACUACGCCGGUCUCGAAUAUGGAGGACAAUGUUGGUGUGAUUUGCAAAUCAACCCGAUUGCGACGCCGAUUGCGCAGACGAAUUGUAACAUGACUUGCACGGCGGAUACGACGCAGAUGUGUGGUGGUGAUUGGGCGAUUCAGUUGUACUACUUGGGUCAGUGAGAUGUUCAUGUAAAUUACUUACUAUCAUAACUCCUUUAACUUUUUAAUGUCACACUAUAACUAUGAUCAUAUCUCACCCUCAUCCUCCACGCCCCACGCCUGC